AUGGCGGUUCCCGUCGGUUAUACCACUCCUCAGACUCCGCUGCAAACUUUGGCUAAUUCGGGCUCCGGAGAUCUCAAUUUGAGAAGUAUGGACAACUCUGCUGUAGCUGUCCGGGUUUUCUCUCUCAACUGCUGGGGAAUCCGCUUUCUCAGUAAACAAUGUUCCCAACGUUAUGCUAUGAUCGGAGACUUGUUAAGCAGUGGGGAACAUGAUAUAGUGUUAUUACAAGAGGUGUGGAGUGAACAAGACUUCCUCGGCUUAAAGAAGAAACUGGCCUUCAGUCAGCCUCACUCUCACUAUUUUAAAAGUGGUGUCAUUGGCAGUGGACUGGCUAUUUUCUCCAAAUACAGAAUCCAUGAUACUUUUCUCUACCGCUACUCACUUAACGGGUAUCCUUACAUGGCUCAUCACGGCGACUGGUUUGGAGGUAAAGCUGUUGGCAUGGCGAUACUUCAGAUUGGUAGCAUGACAGCGAAUGUUUAUGUCACCCAUUUGCACGCUGAGUACUGCAGGGAGAAAGACUCGUAUCUGCCUCAUCGAGUGGUACAGGCCUGGGAGCUGCAGCAGUUCAUACGCCACACGUCUACAGGAGCCGACGCUGUGAUUGUAGGUGGUGACCUCAACAUGCACCCGCAGGAUCUCGGUACUCGGAUCCUGAGGGCCUACACCGGCCUCAAAGACGCCUACUUGGAGACCUCACAGUUUGACGGCUGUGAAGAUGGCAUGACCCUUAUAGCAGACAACCCUUUUAUCAACAAAAAAGAACUAGUUCCUUUUGAGAAGGGAAUACGAAUUGACUACAUACUGUUCAAGGGUUCACCAAAAGCAGAGAUUCUCUGUGACUCAAUGUCGACCACUAAAGGGUCCGUUCCAGAAAAGCCCUUUCCUUAUUCUGAUCAUGAAGCUCUGACCGCAAACCUACGGCUGAAGACGCUCGCAUCACAAGAGAGCAGACUUGACCAGAGCGACAGAGACUCGAGAAAGGCUGCUGAGCUGGUGGACCUUCUGACUGAGGCGCGCACUGAGGUGAAGGUGGGUCUGCACUGCUCAGAGAGGAUGCGCUACACAGCCACGCGCACUGGGGCCAUGGGUCUGGCGCUCCUCCUGCUGGAGCUUGUUAUUGCCGCCGUGCCUUGUCUGGCUCUGGGAGCAGAGCAGCCCUUCCCUCGCACCUCCUUCUACCUCCUGGCCGCACUGUGCUGUGUCAUCCUCGUCACCACCUUUCUGCUGUAUCUCUUCUACACGACGGAGCUCAAGUCUUUGCAGGGGGCGGAGGAUCAGAUGAGGCUGGCUGUGGGGGGGCUGCAGGAGAGACUGCGGGGGGUCUCUGUGGACCACACUCCCCUCCGUAAAGCUCCAGACGGAGAGGAGCCCUUUGACACUGAGGAGUAA